ACAAGAGCGACUACAGCGAGGAGGCGUCCCAAAAGUGUAAGAGCUCUCAGGAUGGCGCAGGUGGAUCACGUGGAGCAGAGGUUAUCGGGAGAACCAGAGCGCAGCCCCAGCUUUCGGGACAGCUGCAGCCCAGAGGAGAGAGGCGAGAGCGGGGAGAGUCCUGCCUCCAGCCGGGCUAGUGUCCUGGAGGUCAACGGGAGCCCGGCGGGGUCAAACCAAAAGGCAAACAACAGCAGGCCCAUCAAAACACUAGGGGGCCUCAUGAUCCCAGUGUUCUGUGUGGUGGAGCCAGUCUGUAUGACCCCGUCCCACGAUGAUGAAGAGGAGGAUGAGGAGGAGGGGAGGAGGAGGAGGAGGGAGCACCACGCUGAGUUUGUCUUGGUCCGUAGAGAUGUGCUUUUCUCUCAGCUGGUGGAGAGCGCUCUGCUGGCUCUGGGGUACUCCCAUAACACCACCGCACAAGCUCAUGGUAUAAUCCGAGUGGGUCAGUGGAAGCCCAUCCCCAUCCACCUCCUCACAGACGCUCCAGAGGCCACAGUGGGAGACAUGCUACAAGACGUGUACCACAUGGUCACACUCAGGAUACUGCUCUACAGUUAUUCUCGUCUGGAGGACUUGCCCUCAGAGCAGUGGACUCAUGCGACGGUCAGAAACGCUCUCAAAGAACUGCUGCGAGAAACCAACCAGAGCACGCUGGCCAAAGAGUGUCCACUGUCACAGAGCAUGAUUUCAGCCAUAGUCAACAGUUCGUACUACGCCAACGUCUCCAUCUCCAAAUGCCAGGAGUUUGGACGCUGGUAUCAGAGAUUCAAGAAACAUAAAGGUGACACUAUGGUGAAGUGGACGCCGCAGGAGAUAUCUGAUUUUAAAGUGGAGAGAGAGUUGGAUUCGACUGGCCUACCCCAACGCGCUCCCUCUCUGCUCCCGUCACCAACUCACCUGUCGCACCUGUCUGCACCUGCUGCUAUCUCUCUCAAAGGCUUAGACCCCCAGACACCUUCAUAUUUACCCCACCCAUCCACCCAGCACCACCCCAGGAACGCUGCACCUCUCCUGGGCCACUCUCUGCUCAACCCCCAACUACCUCCGCAAAUCGUACGCCAGCAAAUCGCCAUGGCGCACCUAUUGAACCAGCAGUUAGCCAUCAGCCGCAUGUUAGCUCACCAAAACCAACAUCCCCAAGGCCAGAAUCACCAGUUUUUAAACCAUCCUCCCAUCGCAAGGACAUGUAAAAGUGCAGCGGUGAGCAGCGAGGUACAAAUCAGAAAUAAUCAUAACAGCUGGGGAUCAGGAGAAGUAUCUGUGGAUAUUUACCAACAAGUGAGGAACGAACUCAAGAGGGCCAGUGUGUCCCAGGCCGUGUUCGCAAGAGUGGCCUUUAAUAGGACUCAGGGUCUUCUGUCUGAGAUCCUUCGUAAAGAGGAGGACCCUCGCUCGGCCUCUCAGUCUCUGCUGGUGAACCUCAAAGCCAUGCAGAACUUCCUGAACCUCCCCGAAUCCAAAAGAGACCGGAUCUACCAGGAAGAGAAGGAGAGGACAUCUAACCCCGCCCACCACAACCACUCCACCAAUCACAUCGCAGCAUCCAACGCCAUCAGACACACACAGACUAAGUGGAGCGCUCCUGCCUCAGACCUGCUAAAGCUGGACUCUCAAAUGAACAUCUCUAAAAACAUUUACGAUGAGAUUCAAACCGAGAUGAAACGAGCCAAAGUGUCCCAGGCCCUGUUUGCUAAAGUUGCUGCCAACAAGAGCCAGGGCUGGCUGUGUGAGUUGCUUCGGUGGAAGGAGAGUCCCAGUCCAGAGAACAGGACUCUGUGGGAAAACCUGAGUCUAAUCCGCAGGUUCUUGUCUUUGUCCCAAACGGAGAGAGAUCGGAUCUACGAAGAGGAGAGCAGAACGCAGCAUGGAGAGAGAGGAGGGUACAUCACUGAGGCACAGAUUCUUCACAGACAAACCUUGCCUACACUCACUUCUCCCUCUCCAGUUCUCGAUCACCCACGUCCCGUUUCUCUCCUCACUGCGCCUCCUAGUGACGACACCUCUCAAAAAUCCCCCCGCCCUCGGAAUCGCAUCUCCAUGGAAGCAUUGGGAAUCCUGCAAAGUUUCAUCGGCGACGUCGGCUUGUACCCCGACCAAGAAGCUAUCCACACAUUGUCCGCGCAGCUAGAUCUCCCCAAACCAACUAUCGUCAAAUUCUUCCAAAAUCAACGCUAUAAUAUCAAGCAUUACAACCAAGCUAAACCGCAAAGUCCAAUUGAAGAUGCAAGGGAAAACUCAUUUGAAAAUUCAAGCGAGAACGGGACAAUUUUGGUGGAAGAAUCUCCAAAAGGACCAAACCAAGAUAUGGAAGUUGAUUUGAAAGUUGACAAUGAUGAAAUGUCAGUUGGGUCGCCUUAUAGCAGCGCUGGGAGUCCUUCAAACACAACCAAAAGUGAUAAAAAUGAUGAGAUUAAUACGUGGGAUUCUUGUGAAGCUGUAGACGUGUGAACUUUUGACAUACACGUUGAAAUAAGUGCAAAAAUUAGUUACAAAA